GAGCGUAACAGAAGUUGUAGAAUUUGUAGAAAAAAUCUUAAACCGAUACCAAUAUGUGGCCGUUAGUGACAUGCAUCGUGACUCUCCUGGGAGCAAUAUUGUACUGGCUCCAUCGAAGGUGGUACAGUUUCGCGGACCAUUGGCCAACACUGGAGGGAGCUUAUCCGUUGAUUGGCAACGCGUGGGUGAUGAUCGGGAAAAAUGACGUUGAAAGAUUUGACGCCGCGUUGGAAAUAUUCCGUCGCAACGUUCCGAUGCAGAAGGUAUGGGCUGGCCCAAAGCUGGUGCUGCUGUGCUGUCAUCCGGAUUUGGCCCAUCAGAUCCUUUCCAAUUCGAACUGUCUGGAGAAGCCGUGGUUCUAUCGGUUUCUCGGUUUCGAGCAUGGAUUGCUGACUUCUAAAGAGGAAGUCUGGAGGGACUUGAGGAAGCGGCUGAAUCCUUGUUUUCACAUCAAAAUCAUUCACGGUUUUUUGCCUAUUCUGGCCAGAUGUGGUCAGCAGAUGGCACGCCGAUUGAAUGAGCAACCUGAUGGGACAACCCUUGAUAUCUAUCGGUACACGUCACUUUGCGUGCUUGAAAUGGUGUGCGGAACAGCCCUCGGAAGUGAUGUCCUGGAUCGGGAUAAGCAGAAGAAGGAUUUGCUCGCUCAUAGUAUCGAUAGAGAUUUUGCACUGGCUGCAAAACGCAUGACCGCACUUCAUUUGCAUGUGGAUUUUGUGUAUCGAAAAUCUGAGAUAUGUCAACAGCUGGAGGCAUCUCAAAACCUGACAGUGAACUUUCUGAUUGAUAUCAUCAAGGAAAGGAGGGAAUAUUUGGAGAAACAUCCACCAGACGAGAAGGGGUCGGAUGAUUUCGAAGGUCAAGAGUACUUCAAGAAACCGAAAAUAUUUGUGGACCAGCUGUUGAUGGGUUCAUCGGAUGGAAAACCUUUUACGGAUCGUGAAAUCAUAGACAAUCUGUACGCCAUCAUUACUGGAGCCGUUGAAACCUCAUCUCUUCUGACGGCUCACGCGUGUCUAGUUUUAUCCUUCUACCCGGAGAUUCAACAACGCCUUUUCGACGAGAUCAACCAAUACUUCCCGGCCGAUAGUCCUCAUGCGGAUUUCUCUCCGGAAACAUUCCGGAGGCUUCGUUACACCGAGAUGUUCCUUAACGAAGUGCAGCGUGUUUAUCCGGUGGCACCGUUUGUGGCUCGAGAGAAUAGUUCCGAAAUUGAGGUUGAUGGCGUGAAAGUGCCGCCUGGGAAUAUCUUCGGAAUCGCCAUCUAUAUGCUUCAUCGCCAUCCGGACUUUUGGGGACCCAAUGCAGAACAGUUCGAUCCGGAGAACUUUUCCGAAGAACGUGUCAAUAGAAGGAGCCCGAAUGCGUUCAUUCCAUUUGGCUCAGGGCGUAGGAAUUGCAUUGCACUUCAAUAUGCUCCGUUUGCGGUGAAAAUCAUGUUGAUAAAUUUGGUGAGGAAUUUUAAGUUCAGUUCGAAAAUUACUCCGGAAACGAUGAAAUUUCGGAUCCAUCUAGCGCUGGCACUGGCCACGGAACACUGGGUGCAGAUCGAGAAACGAAAUCCUGUCGGCUGGGCUUGAUGGGAGUCAUGUAAAAAAUUACUGCUUCUUUUAUUAUAAGUUUAGGAUGUUAGCUUGUUAUGUUUGCCAAGUAAAUAUUUGAAAAGUAUUUUUUUAUUUCAAAAAACCGUUUGAUUUUGCUGUAGUGCGUUUUAAAGAAACAAUUAAUAUAUUUUAUAAUCAU